AUGAAUUUAUCGGGUCACUUUGUUAUUCAACUCGCCCGCUACUUCCGAAUUGAACCGCCGCAAAUUUUACUGAUCUACGACGAAGCGGCGCUGCCAACGGGCGUUAUCAAACUGCGCCAAGGCGGAUCAAGCGGCGGUCACAACGGCGUUCAAAACGUGAUCGACCAGUUAGGUCAAGCCGAUUUUAUGCGAUUGCGGAUCGGGAUCGGACCGGUUCAGGGUAACUUGGAAAAUUACGUUCUUAGUCCCUUUAACGCCGCUCAAAUCGCAGUUUUAAAUAAUCAAAAAAAACGUCUGAUUGAAAUGGUUAAAACUGUGGUUGAUGAAGGUCUGGAAAGCGCGAUGAAUCGCUUUCACUAA